AUGCCUUUCAUCGACGGUCCCAACGGCGAAGAAGUCGUCCCAAUCAGAAUCAAUGGCGUCUCUCAGCCCAUAGAUUCAACUAGUCUCAUCCCAGUUGAAUCCAAUAUUCAAGACAAAGUCAUCCACUAUGCUCAGAGCGCCACACCUGAGUUGGCCAUCAAGGCUGCCGAAGCGUCCUACCAGGCGUUUUGGAAAUGGAAAAAUUCCACACCUAAUGAGCGACGGGACUUGCUUCUUCGUACGGCUAAUGUGAUUGACUCUUGGCUUGAUCGCUUCAUUGAGCUGCAAGUAGCCGAGACGUCUUGCACGGAAAGCUGGGCUCAGUUCAACACGAUUACCAUGGCACGAUGCAUGCGCGAGAUUGCUUCCAACAUCUCACAUGCUACGACGGGCGAACUGCCAUCUUUGGAAUCGUCUGGAUCGCUCGUAUUGGUGUAUAAAGAACCAAUCGGCCCUGUCCUUGCCAUUCCACCCUGGAACGCUAGUUUGAUCCUUUCCGGGCGUGCGUUGGCCGCGCCAAUUGCUGCUGGAUGUUCUGUCGUGCUCAAAGCAUCAGAGCUGUGUCCACGAACCCAUCACACUAUUGUCCUAGCCUACGAAGAAGCCGGUAUGCCAAAGGGCCUUAUUAACGUACUACAAGCCUCGCGUGAAGAUGGACCAGCUGUAACGGAAGCGUUGAUUGCUCACCGAGCAAUCCGCAAGGUCGAAUUCAUUGGCAGCGCUGCUGUUGGCCGUAUCAUUGGCCAGCUCGCAUCCAAGCAUUUGAAGCCUGUGCUGAUGGAGCUGGGUGGAAAAGCCCCAGCUAUUGUACUCAAAGACGCCGAUGUAAAGUUUGCAGCCGAAAAGAUCGUUGAAGGUGCCCUUUUGCAUCACGGCCAGAUCUGUAUGUCUACGGAUCGUAUCGUUGUGGUGCAAGAUGUUGCAGACGAGCUUAUCCAAGAGCUGAGGAAGGUUGUUGAGACGAAGUAUCCAAACGGCACGAGCCAUGCUGUCAGCAAGAAGCAAGCUAAGAGAGCUCAUGAUCUCUUACAAAACGCCCGUGCUACGGGAGCUCGUUUUCUUGUAGGAGAUGGAAGUCUCAAUGCUGCUGGGACAAGCGUUACACCGACUAUCAUCACAGACGUGAAGCCCACAGCUGAAAUCUAUCAUGAGGAGAUUUUCGGCCCAGCUGCCAUGCUCAUCACUGUCAAAGAUGAGGCUGAGGCCAUUCAAGUUGCCAACGACACAGAAUAUGGUCUUAAUGCUGCGGUCCAUAGCCGAGAUAUCCUCGCUGCGAUACGCGUUGCUAAGCAGAUUGAGGCAGGGCAAGUUCAUAUUGGUAAUAUCACGAUGUAUGAUGAGCCGAAUAUCCCGAUUGGAGGAACGAAGGGUAGUGGCUGGGGAAGAAACAACGGCAAGUAUGCGCUGAAUGAGUUUUUGGCAGAGAAGACAAUCACGAUUCUUGAUCCUACAGCUGGGGGAGCUAAGUUUGGAAAAUGAAGAAUCAAUAUAUUAAAGCAGUAUGUGAUUAAACGUUUAGCACGCGUCCAGAUAUGUAUUGUAUAAGCUGAUAUCGUCAUCCGCUUUGAAUUAUAGCUAUUUAUAUGAAUUUUCUUGAAGCUG